UGUAAACUGUACUGCACGCCGGAGUUCAGAGCGAAUGAAAAGUCUUCCUUUGGAAAGACGUCGUUCAAGUCAGCUGGCCAGAGCCUGUUGCCUCGUGUCUUUUUUGGAUGACUGCGAUCGAGUGUUCGGAGGUGGAAUUGGACGUUGCGUUCAGUCACGAUGUCAAGCCCACUGUCAACAUCCACUGAGUCCGGGCGGUAUGACGGUAACUGAUUAGCGCUGUUGUGGACGACUGGCACCAGAGGACACAUUCGUCGCCGCACGCUGCACUCCAAACCUGCAUGCAACAGGGUGUCUGUUGUGAUUAGACGGAAGCAGCAGUCACGGGAAGGAGUCCCCAGUAACAAUGGAAGGCUGCGAUGGAUCUCGUCUGAUCAAGGCUGCCACAAUGGCCGCCAAGAUACGAGGUGAAAAAGCGAACGUGCGUCACCUGCAUGUGGUUGUCGUGGGGGCGCCCCAGGCCGGCGGAGGCAGUUUACUAUCGUCGUUGCUUGGUCGGUCUUAUGCACCGCAGGGUCCCAGUGUGGCGCCGGGCAUGCAGGCAGAGUAUGCUGUGGCGACUGUGGAGGGAGGACGGCUCGUCGAGUGCCAUGACGUGGUCGAUGCACUAUCCAGGCUGUACGUGGCAUCCCUGAUGAAGCCCCAGCCGAGCGCAGACGCACCACCGCAGGCGAAGUCUGCUACUUCCGCCGAAGGGACUUCAUCCACGAAUGGUAAAAGCGCCAGGAGCCCUACUAAAGGUGCCGUUCCGAGCAUCUGCGAGCCCGUUGCAUAUCGUAUUUUGAGCGACCAGCCGACUCCGGACGAAGUGCAUCACACGGUGCGUGCCUUUCUUGGCAAGGACCUGUCCCGUUACAUGAAGUCAUCCAGUGCCCAGUCCGAAUUCACGGUGAUAACGUUCCUAGAGCUGCAUGGUCAGUGUACCUACCCAGCCGUCCAGCCACUUCUGAUGACGUCACAGACAACACUUGUUGUGACCUACGAUGCGUCAAAGGACUUGAUGGAGAGAGCUGCAGGGCAGGGAGGGGACGGUGACAGUGCCGAAGAAUGCGCCCAGCGUGCAGCGCUGCCACAGGGUUCAACACGCCUCGACCAGCUGCUAUCCUGGUUUGACAUGCUGCUUCCUCACGGCAGGACGAGCGGUGUAGAGGCCACACAGGAUUUGUUUACAGUCGGCUGCUGUUCUGCAGGCGCCGAUCAGAAGAAAUACGACGAUGCCCGGGAAGUGCUGCACAAGAAGAUCAGACAGUCGCGGCACAGACUGCUGGUUCAGAACCCGGCAUCGCACUUCACCGUUGACAGUACGGGGUCCGACCGAGCAGGCACCGACGGAAUCCAGCGAUUGCGGAGUACCAUCAUCAAGCGAUGCCGAGAAAGCAAUCACCAGAUCCCGGUCGUAUGGUUGCGCUUCUGCAUAGCAAUUCAAAUGCUCAAGAAAGAGAGUGAUUUACCGUGGAUUUCCCUCCGAGAUGCUACGACAAUUGCAGAGGCAGUUGACGCUGUCCAGAAUGACGACACAGAUGGCAUGGAGCAGCUGUUACGGUAUGCUCACGAUGCCGGUCACUUGGCGUACUUUCCGAGCGACACCCUGGAGCAGCUGAUCAUCCUGAACUCACAGUUCAUACUCGACUGCGUCAGUGCGUUUGCCAACGUCAACUUCCAGCGAAAACGCCUCGGCAUGCGCAAGGAGGUGUACCUGGAGCGCUACAAUAACGGUACGACCAUCGAGUCGGUGGCCAAGUUUGCUCUGAAGAAGUACGAAGGGCACGAUAGCCUGACAAAUAUACGGCUGGAUCACAUUAUGUCCAACCGCGAGGAGUACGAUUGCAUCUUUGGCGUUCUGGAAGAGCUUGGGCUGUUGGCAUCCAUUCCAAUCAAGGAUGAUGAUCGUCCCGAUGGUGAGGCAAAGCGUGAUUUCAUGAUCCCGGCCGUAGCCAAGCUGCAGCGUAUAAGCAUAGUCGAGGGUUCACGCCUAUCAUUGCCUAUCUACCUUUGCCUGACAGCACCCGGUGAGAAGUAUCCGCUACACUUUCCGGUCGCGCUGUACUGGAAAUGUGUUGCCAGCGUCCUGCACAUGUCCCCUAACAUCUCAUGGACGCAGCUGUCGUUGGACGAGGCGCGGAUUUACUGGUGCAGGGAAGGCUGGCCGUGGCUGCGCAUGCGCUAUGCCCGCUUUGGCCUGCAGGUGUGCCUGGAGGGGUACACGAAGCUCCUGGGCGAUCACGAGACCGGCACCGAGACCCUGGAAGAGCUCCGGCAAGUCGUCAGCAGCGUUCUAGUCAGGCAGCAGCGGCGUCGUGACGUCGUCGUGAGGCCGGCCGUGCCGUGCCCGUGCGGCUUACCCGCCGGCAACAGAUGCAUAGAACACGGACGGAAGUCCUGCGACACCGACAGCUGUGCCCACGCCCUCGGCACCAUGGCGGACGGCAAGGCACCCGUGUGCCCACUGCAGAAGACGCCGCAGAGAAUCGCGCAAGUCGCACCGUUCUGGCUCGCCAUGGAGCAGGACAAGAACUUGAUGCUGCACAAAUGCGAGAAGAAAAGCCCCGGUCCAUCUGAGCUAACAGGCUUGCAAUCACAGUUUGGAAAGAUCCGUGGAUCCAUCGGAGACGUGAGCCAGAGCAGUAGCCAGGGCACGUCUGGCAUUGACACAGGGCACAGUGACUUCUACACCGACACGGACGGCAGAACGCCGUACGAUAGUGCGGACGUAAGCGUGGACACUGACACGGACGUCGCCAGCAGCUAUCGGAAUAGCCUCACGGACGGCAACACAACGGACGGCAUGACAGACGUGGCGUCGACCAGUGCGUUCGAAACAAGCACCAGCACUAGCACGCUGGGUGCCGACGAGCAAAUUACGAUGAGCUUGUCGUCGUCUUUUUGUUCCGGGUCGAUUAGUCGACCAGUCAGCCAGGGAUCUCCUGAAUUGUUGUAUGUGCCCGGUGCAAGAUUUAUAAGUGGCGACUUGGACAUUGCAACAGCGGAUGACACUGAUGUGGAGGAUAACUCCAACAAUGAUUUCAGGCGGGGCAUGCGGCGACGCUGCAAGGCUCGGACCGUGUCCCUUAGUCCUGCACGCCUGCUACUGACAACAGCUCUGACGCCAACGCCUGGAGCAGAAGCAGCAUCAUCCUCUCCCUUAAGUGACCGACGCUCAACCAGCUCCGUUGGCAGUCGUGUGUCGCAAUCUCUUUCGGAUGGCGACGGAGCAACGCAUUAUCAGGUUGUUUCUGAGAGCAACACAUCCGACAUUCCCAUUCAUCCAGACGGCACUAUCAUUGCCAUGAGAAGCGCCCGUGUUUGCUUUCCCGCCGGCGCCGUGGAUCAGAUCACACACAUCCCGCCUCCCGUGCACUUUAAGCUGCGCCAUCUGUUGAAGACAGAGGAAGGUGCUCCCAUCACAUUCCACAGUAUGGUGGUGCUGAGGCCUCAUGGAACUCACUUUGACGAGCCCGUCAAGCUUGAGAUUGAUGUCCCGGGCCUGGACAGACAACACCACCUCUAUCUGGUACACUACCCGUGCACCGACAAUGCCGUGCACCACCCAUCACUGACUCGCACCGGCAGCAGCAGCGAUGCAUUCGCCGGCCACUCGGACUGCACCAUCGUCCACGUGGGCCGCCACGUCUGGACGCUCAGCAAAUAUCCGGAGGACAAGCACAGCGCCGUCCCCGCCAAGGCGUCCAACAGGACGGCUGCGGAGCGGCUGCAAUGCCCGUACGACCAUGUCACUGUUGAUCAUGUCAAGAAGCUCGUCCGCGUCACCAUGCGCCACUUCAGCAGGAUCCUUGUUGUCACCAGUCCGCAGCUGCUGAGCGAGAAGCAGAAAGGACUGCUGAGGAGCAGAAAGCGUCACCUGUGCCGUGUGUUCGUCUACACCAAGUGGGUGGACCUGGAUGCCGAGCGCCUGGGGCUGAGCAUCAGGGUGAUCCCGUCGGCGACGAACUCCUGCGACACGGCCAUCUCUCAGCUCGACGAUCCACCACUGGACAUGACGCUGGCGGGGCGUGCGUCCGAGUACAUCCUGCUGAGGCGCACCGACUGCCUGGAGUACACGUUCCGCAUCAUACCGGCUGGGAGCUGGGUGGCGCGCGACGACAGCGAUCGCCAGACGUCCUCGUACAUGCGCUCCUCCCUGGCGCACUUUGAGCUGGACGACGGCUGCCGCCUGUGGGAUCGCGGUCGCCUGGUGUACGGCGAACUGGUCUGCAAGGUGGUCAAAGGCGGCGGCGGCAGUAGUAGUAGCAGCACUGGCGGUGGUGCUAGCAGUACGGGACACGACGACCUGUCCACUAGCGCUAACGACGAUACAGUUGUUGUGUCGUUCGAACACCCCAAUUCAACCAGCAGUGGUCCGCGGACGCGCCGUGUUCCCGACCAAUGGGUGGACUUCCGGCGGCUAUCGCACCUGCAGCGCACUGAGAGGUUCAAUAAGCUGAAGCAAUACUUGGCAGAUGAGGUACGGACUGUCUAUGAGCUUGGUAGCUAUCUCCUGGAUGAUGAUACUCAGUUCCCGAAUGGACCAAAGUCGACAAUUGACAACGCGGCGGACAGCAAGAGGUCGUUCGACCUGUUCGACGCUCUAAUGGACCUGUGGGUUAGACACAUGGAUACUGUCAGUGGACAGACUCUUUACUACUCCACCAUACGUAUGGGGCUGGACGGCACUGCUGAGGCCAUCAAACCUCUUCUGCAAGGCUAGAAGAACGCAUGGAACUCGUAUGUUUGCACACUGGGUGUGAGCCUCACUCCCGCAUACGGAAAUGGCAAGCUGCCUGGUGAACAUUUCAGCCUUCGCACUGCAUGCGUUGACAAUCGCUGCACUCGUCAGCUGUGUGAUCCGCAUACGGCUGCACCAGUCCUUAGAGCUUAGACCGUAAUACUAAUAGACGAUACAGGUUUGCUUGAAAGAACUGCUACUUCCGUAUGGAUAUGAGCGCUGUGUACGAGUGCUGUGUACGGGUGGUGCGUACGAGUGCUGUAUGCGAGUGCUGUGUGUGGGUACUGCGAAUGUGGGGACCUUAUCUACUUGCACAAACAUGACUCUGUGGCUAACGUACACGUAGUCGCAGCCAGCAUGUCAGCCAACGUGUGAUCUGCUGGACAGGAUCAUCGAUUUCCUUGGCGAUUGAAAUAGCUCACAGCUUUGCUUGACCACUAGCUUGACUGCUGCCACCGGUGACGGCAGCGUAGGUAAUGUUGAUGGUGGGCGUACAUGUGGCUGGCGUGAUAAUAAUUAUUAUAAUUUUCAUUGACAGACUACAGCGAACUGAUCACUAGACACGACGCUUUGUCAUCUACUAUGUAUUUCAGCAUAAUAUAAUUUUAGUAUUUUACCCGUGCAUCGGGCCGGCCGUGCAUCUAAACUGACCUUGUAUAGCGCUAUUUUUUUGAAUACGGAAUAAAAUAUAGGAUUACGAAUGAUGAACCUUGAAUCCUUGACUGCCAUCACUCUCCACUAUAGUAUAGGUCAUAUCACCAGACCUUUCGAGCCCAAUACACUUAUAAAUUUAUCAAAAUUAAUGUCCACGCUGAGUGUCUCGUACAGCCG